AUGGACGACGGAAAAGAACAAUACGCUUAUCAGACGACGGUGAAAAUCGGAGGACACGUUUUCAAAGGGAUUCUUCACGAUCAAGGCCCUGACAAAAUGAUGUGCUGUUACUCCAAGUUAGGGCUCAACACGGUUGAUAACUAUGCGUCGCGUCAUCUAUUUGCUAUUUGUUUCUACUUUGAUAUAGUAAAACUUUAUUUGAAUUUACAACCAUAG